GCCACCAAAACAGUGGCAGGAAUUUGUCAACUCGGUCCAAAAUUGGGUUUUACGCAUCCGCUGUAUCUUUGAGGCGCCAUCUCGGCUUUUCGGAUCUUUAAGAUCCGACUAUGGUGCCGCACUUCGCACCAAUUUGGGCGUUUGUUUUAAAAUAUGGCAUUUGAAUCCAUGUUCGUCAGCAGUUGGUAGUUAGCUGUAAACUUUGGCAUGCAGAAAAUCUCUACUUCAGUUUAGAAAAAAAGUUUCUUAAAAGGCAACUAAUGGAGCAAACACUACUUAUUAUAAACCUGAUAGUAUUUAACUCCGAUUAUUACUGAUAUUACUCAUGGCUUGUAGUUCUGGCUCCAAUGCAAAAAUGUCCAGUCCAAAUGUCAGCACACCGGCGAUGGCGGUGACACCAGACGCCGUGGAUCAGAAGACAAGCCCGGUGGUAUUUGAGAUUUACGGAAAGAUCUGGAACGUGCAGGCUCGUUUGGGCCAGGGCGUCUCGGCCUCCGUGUACCGGGUGAACUCCGGCCGGGCGAGCUCUGCAGUCAAGGAGUUCCAGGUGGACGCGCAGGGCGGAAAUUACGGGUUCCUCAAGGAAAGCUCUGUGCUGGAGAAGAUUCAGGGAUAUAAAAAUAUCGUGACGCUGUAUGGAAUGUUCACCAAUCACAACCCAUUUGGUGUGGCCACUCAUUGCCUGUUGUUGGAGCUUUUGGAUGUGAGUGUGUCAGAAUUGCUGGCCAGGGUGAGUAAUCAGGGGCAUUCCAUGUGGUUGAUUCAGCACUGUGCCCGUGACGUUUUGGAGGCCCUUAGCUUCCUGCACAGAGAAGGUUACGUACAUGCUGACCUCAAGCCCCGCAACAUUCUCUGGAGCGCCGAUGACGAGUGCUUUAAGCUCAUUGACUUCGGCCUUAGCUUUAAAGAGGAACACCAGGAUGUGAAGUACAUCCAGACAGAUGGAUACCGGGCACCUGAAGCCGAGCUGCAGAACUCACUGGCCCAGGCAGGUCUGGAGAGCGACUCUGGCUGCACAACUGCUGUGGACCUGUGGAGUCUGGGAAUCAUUCUUCUAGAGAUGUUCUCAGGAAUCAAACUGAAGGAAACUGUGAAGUCUCAGGAAUGGAAGGAUAACAGUUCUGCAAUAGUAGACCAUAUCUUUUCAAGCAAUGCUGUGGUUUACCCGGCUAUCCCUGUUUUUCAUUUAAGGGAUCUGAUCAAAAGUAUGCUUCACAAUGACCCUAAACUGAGAAGCACAGCUGAGGCAGCAUUAAUCAACCCUUUCUUCAGCAUUCCCUUUGCACCUCAUAUUGAAGAUUUGGUUCUUCUGCCUACACCUGUCUUGAGACUACUAAACGUAAUAGACGACAACCACCUGUAUAAUGAGGAUGAGUAUGAAGAUAUAAUAGAAGAUAUGAAAGAAGAAUGUCAGAAGUAUGGCAAGGUUGUAUCCUUAUUGAUCCCAAAAGAGAAUCCCGGCAAGGGACAG